AUGGACAAAGUUACUUUUACGGUUAACGGAGUCAACCAUUCGGUUGGGUGCGAGGAAAGCUCCACCACGACGCUCUUGGAUUAUCUACGGUACUACCUCAAUCUCCAUGGCACGAAGUACAUGUGCAAGGAAGGUGGCUGCGGCGCCUGCAUGGUCAGCGUGGUCAAAUGCCAUGGCGAAGAACGCGUCAGCCUCAACUCCUGCCUGGUGUCAAUAAUGUCAUGUCAGGGCUGGGAUAUCGAGACCAUCGAGCAGGUUGGCAACCGCUUGGAUGGAUACCAUCCGCUGCAGAAGACCCUCGCGGAGAAUAAUGGAUCCCAGUGCGGAUACUGCUCUCCAGGGAUGAUCAUGAAUAUGUACAGCUUUUUGAAAGCGAAGCCUCGCACGAUGAUAGACAUAGAGAGGGCACUCGGAAGCAACAUUUGCAGAUGUACCGGGUACAGACCAAUCCUCAAGACUUUCAAGCAGUUCGCCAGUGAUGCCCCAACCCCUUCGUCACUAUCCAUCGAAGACCUGAAAAUCUGCGGAAGUUCUGCGGGCUGCUGCUCGUCUAAGAAGAAAUCUGACGACUGUUGCUCCAAGGACAAAUCUGGUGGCUGUUGCUCGGAUCAGAAGUCUGACCAAUCCGAUUGGUGCAUGGUUUCCAGAAACGAAGUGCACGAUGAGAUGUUGCAUAUCAGACUGAAGGACAACCGGGAUUGGUACAGAGUUACCAAGUUCACUGAUAUCUUUGACGUUUGGCAACAGCAUGGCUUGGAAUCGUGUAUGCUUGUGGCGGGAAAUACCGUGAAAGGAGCGAUUCCAAUAAAUGAGUAUCCCCAACUAUUGAUAGAUAUAACUGGAAUACCGGAAAUGAAAGGCUGGUACAUGGACCAGAACCUGUUUGUGGCCGGCGGCUGCACGCUGGGUGAGAUGAUGGAUAUAUUCCAACUCGCGUUGGAGUAUGACGGCUUCAGUUAUCUCAAGGAAAUUUGGUCUCAUGUCGAUUUAGUUGCCCACGUUGCCAUCAGGAAUUUGGGAACCAUCGCUGGCAACUUGAUGAUCAAGAAACAAUCUCCAGGUUUCCAAUCGGACAUUUAUCUUUUCCUAGAAACUGUUGGAGGAGAGAUCACUAUACUGCAAUCUGAUGGGCUAAAGCGCGUCUUGUCCAUGCAGGGAUUCCUAAAAGAAGAUAUGUCUGGGAAGAUUAUUUUGAACAUUGUUUUACCGCCCCUGGCUCCCGAGUGUAAAGUACGAACUUACAAGAUAAUGCCGCGCUCCCAGAGCGUCCACGCGUUAGUCAACGCGGGUUUCUACUACAAACUGGACGAGAGCAACAUAGUAGAAGAAUGCAGAAUCGUGUACGGAGCCCUUUCGACAAACUUCAGUCGCGCAAACAAAGCCGAGCGGUACCUGGUCGGCAAAAACCCGUUCACCAACGAAACCCUGCAAGGCGCAUUGGACGUACUGGUUAAUGAACUGGUCAUAACAGAACACUUGACUGAACCUUCUGUGUGCUACCGUCGACAACUGGCUUGUGGACUCUUCUAUAAGAGUCUUCUCUCACUGUGUCCAGAAAAUACUUUGGCUGACAUAUAUCGUUCUGGAGCUCUCAAGCAUAGAGAAACCAGGCCAGCAUCCGAGGGCCACCAGACGACCAGCACCAACCAAGCCCUGUGGCCAAUAACCAAACCUAUUCCCAAAACCGAUGGACUAAUCCAAUGUGCAGGAGAAGCUCAAUACACGGACGAUAUCCCAUUGUGUCCAAAUGAGUUGCAUCUCGCAUUUGUCUUGGCUAAGGUUGUUGGAACUAUAAAAAACAUUGAUACUACGAGAGCUCUGGCCGUGCCGGGAGUGGUAGCAUUCAUUUCGGCAAAAGAUAUCCCGGGAGUAAACAGUUUUAUACCAGCUCCCAAUGGAUAUAAUUUGGCUAACGAGGAAUUGUUUUGUGACGGCGUAGUAAAAUAUUUCGAUCAGCCUAUUGGCGUGAUUGUGGCCGAGAGUCAAGCCGCGGCUAUAUCCGGAUCUGCUUACGUCGAUGUUACGUACACAGACCCGAGGAAACCAGUCGUUGAUAUAAAUGCUGCUAAAAAGGAUCCAAAACGAGUCAGCGCCUUCCAAUCCGUAAAAGCAACAUCUAAAGGAACUGAUGUUGCUAAAGUAAUUAAAGGAAAUAAUACAAUUUAUGGGCAGUAUCACAAUCCCAUGGAGACUUUAGUUUGCGUAGCUCGUCCCACUGAAGAUGGAUUACGGUUGCACGCUACGACGCAAUGGAUGGAUCUAGUGCAUCAAGCGGUUUCUAGGCUUCUCAAGAUGGACCAAAGCAACAUCGACGUUUGCUGCGCGCGAAUCGGCGGAGCCUAUGGUUUCAAGAUAGGCAGAGCCAACAUGGUGUCUUGUGCUACUGCUCUGGCGGCCCACGUGCUCAACCGCCCCUGCCGCAUGGCCACUCCACUAACUGACAACAUGAGGGCUUUGGGCAAGCGCAUGCCCUGCUCCAGAGACUUUGAGGUCGGCGUGAACUCAAACGGGGAGAUUCAAUACGUGAACUGCGAUCUGUACGGCGACAACGGCUAUGUUGUCAACGAGCCCCUGUUGGCGCUGGGCAUGGACGUGUACUUCAACUGCUACAACAAGGCCUUGUGGAAUUACAACUGCUACAACGUCCUCACUGACACUCCUUCGAAUACUUGGUGCCGAUCGCCCGGUACUCUAGAGAACAUAGCAAUGUCAGAGAUAGUAAUGGAAAGAAUAGCAUGUGAGCUGAACCUAGACCCGCUUGAUGUGCGCAUGUCAAACUUGGACGAGAGUUUACGUGAUGAUAUGGUCGAAUUGGUAAACACCAUAAAAGCUAAUGGGCGAUACGAUGAAAGGAAAUUGGAGGUCGAGAAGUUCAAUAAGAAUAAUAGAUGGACUAAACGGGGACUAAGAUUCAGUUUCAUAAAAUGGGAACCAGUUGGAUUCAUAAACCUCGACGUGAACUUAGCGGUGUACGCCGACGACGGCAGCGUCAUCAUCACGCACGGAGGGAUCGAGAUGGGACAAGGUGUCAACGCGAAGGCAAUACAGAUCGCUUCGUACAUACUAAAAGUACCCAUGGACAAAAUUAAGAUAAAACCAAACGAUACUACCAUCGUGCCGAAUGGAGGCGCAUCCGGAGGUAGUAUAACUUCCCAAAAUGUUGGAAUUGGAGUUCGCAGAUGUUGCGAGGAACUUAUGAGAAGACUAGCACCUAUUAAGCUACAAAUGGGUAACCCUACUUGGAAGGAGUUGAUAAAGAAGGCGUAUGCUGACCAGAUAGACCUGCAAGUGCACGCGUACACUACUUCAGCUGAUAUUGUAAAUUACCAUAUUUGCGGUGUUGUCUUGUCUGAAGUCGAAAUGGAUGUACUAACGGGAGAGUUCCAAAUGAUACGAGUUGACCUGAUAGAAGAUUGCGGCCAAAGUGUUAGCCCUGAACUAGAUGUUGGACAAAUUGAAGGUGCAUUUAUGAUGGGAUUGGGUUAUUGGACGAGCGAGAACUUGAUUUACGACCCUAAAACCGGAGAAUUGGUAACGAACCGGACAUGGAUGUACUGGCCUCCGCAAUGCUUGGACAUCCCACAGAACCUUAAUAUUUACUUCAGAGACAAGGCAUACAGUACUGAAAUGAUUUAUGGAUCUAAAGGAACGGGUGAGCCGGCUGCGUGCUUGAGCGUCGGACCCACCUUCGCGUUGAGGGCUGCCAUAACAGCAGCUCGCGAAGACUGUGGACUGCCAGCCAACGAGUGGUUCCAGAUAGAUGGUCCUUUUACCUUGGACAAGAUUUGCAUGGCUACAGGAACCAAACCGGAACAUUUCAAAUUUUACUAAACAUUUUUAUCUCUUGCAUUUUUUAUUUAUUCUAAGUACCUGUACUCUUUAUUGUAUUAAAGAGUAUAAAAUUUACUAUCAGUUCGUAUCUUUGCUCUUAUCGAGUAGAACUGACUAGUAGAUUAUUUUACCUUUUGUUAUAUUACGAUUUUUUUCUUCAUUUAAUAUUCAUAUUAUUUCUUUGUUGUCUCAGGGGUUGCUUACAGUUUUUUUUGUUUUAUUUUGUGUAUAGUCCUAACACAAUGAGAUGCCACGGCGGCGUCACUGACUACGCGGCCAUGGCUCUGGCUACCUAUCAUACAUAUAUGAGGUUGCCAAAUCAGUAACACAACAGUAGCGAACAAAAACACGCGGUCGUCCGUCCUGGCAAUCAGUUGGCCACUGAGUGAAGGAGGGAUACUUACUGGUGUACAAAAUUCUGACGACUUGGCUACGCGUCACCCAGGUUGCUAAAGUAUUCAAGGGGAUAGGAGCGUCGGUCGAGGCUUUGCUCCCAAAUUGGCGACGUCGCGUCGCUUCAGGCCCAUUGAGGCCGUAGCCAACUGAGUAACUGUCGUACAUUUCAAUACGAAUUGUCUGGAUACGUAGUCGGUGACGUCGCCAUGGCAUCCCAGUGUAUUAGCGCUCUUAUUCAAACAUCUUGUUUCUUGUUAAGUAUUUGGUAGUGGUUAGACCUUUUAUUGUUUUUGUUACAUGGUUUUUGGUUUCAACAGUGUUGUCCCAUGAUUUUGAAACUUUUGAUUUGCUGUGAUUUGUUGUAAUUCUUUAUCAUUGUUUAAUGUUAAACCUGAUUGUUAUGGCAAAAAUAAAAUGAU